CUUCCAUCGAAGAAGGAGGUAAAACCAAAAAGGUACGCAGAGUUACCGAAUAUAGAAGGAGGCUUGAAUUGGAACAACCAGAAAAAUAUCUGGAAUACCUAAAAAAAAAAAAAAAAACAACCAGAAAGUGCAAUGUAAGAAGUCAAGAGACAAUUUAAAAACACAACUUUCAAAGAAAAAGCCUUCCAAGGAAGCGAUUGCAAAAAAGAACACCAGCUUGCACAACAGCGAAAACGUCAGGCGAAGUACAUGAAGAACAGAGCGAUCCAGGAAACCACUGCAUCUUCGUCACCUAGAAGAUCCCUCAAAGUUAGCACCAGAAACAGCAUUCAAUCAAAAAGAAUAUAACAAGGAAAAGCAAAGAAUAUGUAGAGCCAAAAUGACAUCCCCCCAAAACAAAACUGGGUGGAAAAAAAAACAGAGAGAGAAAACGUGCAAAGCGACAGGAGAAAGUUGCAAACAAAAGGAUGGAAUCAAGACAAUCACCAAAUCUAAGCCAAACACAGUUAGUUGAAGAGUUAAGGAAAACUCCCAUCGGAAAAUCAGCCAUAAUUAGCGCUGCAAGAAGCUUGACCAAGAAAGGGUUUACUAAAAAGUUCCUAGCAGAUAGACUUAAGCUAAAUAGGAGAACCUUAGCAGCCACAUCAAAACUGAACAGAAAAACACGCAUCAACGUAAAGAAGAUCCGGGAAUUAUAUUCACGAUCUGAUGCCUCACGGAUAGUGCCACAAAGGCGAUUCGCAACAAAAGAUGGACCAGGCUAUUUACUUUUAACAUCAGUCAAAGAAGCAUACAGCAAGUAUAAAGAGGAAAACACACAAGAAACCAUAGGUUUUAGUACAUUUGCAGCUCUGCGUCCAAGGAAUGUCCGUUUGCUAACUAACUCUCAUAGAAAGUAUUGCAUGUGUGGCUACUGCAUGAAUGUUCGUAAUAAGUUACUUACCUUGGAACAUGCAAAAAACAGGAGUGGUCCAAAAGCUGUAAAUGAGACCAAGCUACUUGAUAUAAUUUUGUGUCCCAAACCUUCUAGCCAUAGGUUCUUUGAAGUAGAUUGCAUUGAGGGAACAUGCGAGAAGUGCAAAAACUACCUGGAAACAUUAUAAGAAAGUUACAAAGAAAUACCCCAGGAAAAACAGUUAACAUGGAACAGAUGGGAGAGAGAUAAAGGGAAAAUAGGAUUAGUAGUGAAAACUGGCAAGAAGAUAGAUUUGUUGAGAGAAUUGGUGGAUAAAGACAUCCUCAAUCCAGCCCAGGGGACCACAUUUUUAAAACAUUUACACAAAAUGUAGCUUUAUAUUUGUGAAGUCAGAUGAAGUUCCGAGAGAUCGACCAGAGAUUGACGCUCAACAAAUUAAAGAGACAAGGAAACUGCAUUGUGUUGAAAACACUAAGGAACCAUACCUGAUCAAAUUUCGGAAGUUAUCUUGCUAUUGUGCGCAAUGUUUGCAAGGAUUUUCAGAGGACUGCCUAAAGUCUGUCUAUGUACCACCCUACCAAGAGAAAAAAAUUACUCUAGUGAAGUCAAAAGCAGAUACUGGUAACAGUGCAGAAAAAGAAAACAGAGAAGCAAGGAAAAAGCCCACAGAGGAGACAAAGAAGAGCACAGAGGGGGCAAAAAGGAACACAGAGGGGGCAAAGAAGAACACAGAGGGGGCAAAAAGGAACACAGAGGGGGCAAAGAAGAACACAGAGGGGGCAAAAGGGAACACCGAGGAGACAAAAAAGAGCAAGGCGGUGAAGAAAAGGGAGCCAUUAAUUAGUACUGAGAAUGAAAGGAACAGAGAUAGACCGCUGGUUUUCACCAGUCUUUACGGAGAGGAAGAAAACCAAAUACAGAAACAGAUUAGCGGAGAGGAGGUAUACUCAUCAGUUAUCGCUUGCAAAAGCUACAAAGAUCUGGAAAUGUUUGCAGGGCAAGUACAGCUUUCUCCUAUAUCAGAAAAUCCACCUGAAGUUACAUUACUAACACACAAGAGAACUGUGGAUAAAGCUUCACUAUCUAUUUUACCAAAUGAUGACGAUCUAACCAACCUCUUUCCAUGUUUGAUAUACGGGGAUGACAAGUCUUCCCAGGUGUGGAAGCCUCUUCGCAUUUGGAACGGAAGAUAAACAUCUCGAAAUCCGCGCACGAAUUGUGCAUCACACCUCUGAUGUGUCCAGGGGUCCGUGUUUGCCCAACUAUCUAUUUUGUAUUGCUUGUAGGAGUUAUGAGAUUGAUCACUGUUCGUUAUCUUCACCUUGCAUGGUGAAAUAUAAAGAGUUAUAUAUUGAUGCUAACCAUUUCAAAGAUGAUUCCUACAGAACCAACAAUGAAGCGUUAACAUUUGCAAUGUUUUCGGAAUUCUUCAAUGAUGAGAUAUUGACUUUACUAGCAGUUCAAAGGAUCUUUGAAAAGGAGGCCUUCGCAGUCAAAAAGUCCGGAUCAUUUAUGGGAGCAUGGCAAAUAGCUGCCCUUGCCAAUGUUUUGGGUCGGCCAAUUCGCUCAAUAUAUCCUUUAUAUGGUGGGCAGACGGUGAGAAAAUAUCUGAAUAGAACGUUUUUGCCUUUUGAUGGUGAGGCAAAACGUAAACCAGCUGCUUGUGUUAUGUGGACAAAUAUGCAAGGAAAUGCCACCCCAGAGACACAAUGGAGGCCAAACCAUUUUGUUGCAGUGCUACCUCUUGAGCCUCAGAGGCACAAUGUCCUGUCUGUGGUAGAUCCACUGCAUGAUAUACAUGUCGAUCUUAUGGGUUUGGAAAACAACAUGCCACACUCCGAGGUCGCGUUUGAAGAAUACCCCUCUACAGAGAGUCUUGAUAUAUCAGCUAUAAUAUCAAACUUGGAUGAAGAUUUAUCAGACAUGUCUCCAACAUACCCCCUAAUUUUAGACACAGACAACAGUCAGCAACCUGAGCGAAGGUUGAUGGUUGGCCAUGGGUAAAAUAUUUCAAUAGAAUCAGACCUGGACAGUGGACAAUGCAUGAAACUUCCUACACCAUACUACAUGAAGAUGUAUGCGGUGUCUUAGAACCACCAGAAAUGGCAACAACUGGUCGUCGUUUUUAUUAUGUUUUUCCAAAUUUUGACCAGUGAAGACACCAGUCAGCGUUCAUUCUUCAAACAGGCAAAUGGGAUUUACGAAAUUUGACUUGAAAAAACUUUUUUAUCAGUGACAAUUUAUUCAAUCCAGUUACUAUUCAUUAAUUAGUUUAUUAUCGUGCUAUAUUCAGUAUGAGCACAAGUGAUUUCUUCUCUAGAUGAUGGAAACAUUAUCGAAGAAAGAAUUUGAAGAAUUGCAACACUAUCACAUCUCAUGAUUCUGAUAUUUAGAUUAGUGCGAUAUAAGAAGGAUUUCUCAUGUUUUAAUAUUACAUGAUAUGGAUAUUUACAAUAUUCCAAUAAAAUUGUAUGAAUUAAUAAAUUAAUGUGACAAUACAGAACUUUGUCAUAUGUAGUCUGUCAUCUAAUAACAAUAGCAAUAUAAUUGUCUGUCAUCUGAUGACAAUAGCAAUAUAAUAGUCUGUCUGACAUCUGAUGACAUUAGCAACAUAUCUGUCUGUCAGUUACUGAUGAUAGUAACAAUGUGUUCCGUCAAAUAUUUGACAAUAGCAACUUGUAUAUAAUCAAAUAUUACAAAAUCUGAGA